CACAGGGAGAGACAGAGAGAGACAGACAGAGAGAGAGGGAGAGAGAACUACUUCAGGAGCUGUAGCCUACUUAACGCAAAGAAAAAGAUACUGAAGCGAAUUGAGCCUUUUGCUUUGAGUGUACACAGCUUUCCACAGUCUCACCGAGACGACAAAAAAAAAAGGGAACACCGAGGGAGAGAAAAACAUACAAGACUUGGCUGAUGCAUCUCUCCGAGAGCAUCCAUUUCACGGCGAUUACAGUUUGAAGCGGAGGAGACGGUGCGCAUUUCUCUGAAAAACACGGCGCUUUUCUCUCCUCCGAAGUCAGUUUCCUAGAGCGGCUCGCGGGCGGAGAGACACUUUUUUUCUUUCUCUCCUGCGUUUAUCGACACGCACAGUUAUUUCAUAACAAGCCUGUUUACUUGGAGCAAAACCAGGUCGUCCACAGUUCCAGCAAGGCGACACAGCAUCUUGAUUGUGGAGUGGAAUUUGCGAUCGAGACGCAAACGGAAUAUCCGACGGUUUCAAGUUUUCCUGGAAGUUGCGCAGUGACAGAAAAUCAUGGGAAUUUGUGGCUAUUUGGCGGUGCCUGGGAAAUGCCUUGUCGUCCUCGGACUUAAAUUGUUAUUCCUUGUACCUGCAGGAGUUCCAGCCAGAAGCGGGGAUUCUGUAUUAAAGGACAACAUCACCGUCAGACAGGGGGACAGCGCCGUCUUAAAAUGCAAUGUGGACAGCAAAGUAUCACGAGUGGCGUGGCUCAAUCGCACCACCAUUCUCUUCGCAGGAAGUGAGAAGUGGUCCCUUGACCCUCGCGUCAUCCUGAUGGAAAACACAGCUGUCACAGAGUACAGCAUCAAGAUCCAAAAUGUUGACGUCCAUGAUGAAGGGCCCUAUGUCUGCUCUAUCCUCACAAACAAGAAACCAAAAUCCACAAAAGUGCAUCUCAUCGUUCAAGUACCCGCCAGGAUCACUAACAUAUCAAAGGACGUCACGGUGAACGAGGGCAGCAACGUCAAUCUAAUGUGUCUGGCUGUUGGUCGUCCUGAGGCCAAUAUCAUCUGGAAGCAUCAUUCGCCAAGAGGCACUCAUAAAUUUGUGACGGAAUCGGAACAUCUGGUGCUGACAGCCAUUACCAAAGAACAGUCAGGAUCGUAUGAAUGCAUUGCUUCUAAUGACAUCUCAGACUCUGAUCGCAGGACAGUGCAAGUCACAGUCAACUACCCUCCCUUCAUUUCUAAAGCGAGGAGUACGGGGACUGCAGUUGGACAAAAAGGAGUCCUGCAAUGCGAAGCCUCUGCCGUCCCGAGGGCAGAUUUUGAGUGGUACAAAGAAGACCGCAGGCUCUUCAAUGGUCUUAAUGGGGUUAAGAUAGAGAAUCAAGGCAGACAGUCGAUGCUUGUCUUUUUCAACGUCUCAGAAGAAGACUAUGGGAACUACACUUGUGUUGCCAUGAACAACAUGGGAAUCACUAAUGCCAGCAUAAUCCUUUACGUGUUGUGUUGUUCUCCUGCAGGUCCCGGUGCGAUGCACGAUGUGAAUGGGGCCGCUGUGUUGCCCCGUUGCUCCGUAUGCCUCCUGCUGACUGUAACCUUACUGUACUUGAUGAAGUUCUGAUGUGAAAUGUGACAACCUCCAAGCUUCUCUCAGCAUUGAGCAGCAAGAACAGACUAUUAGUCCUUUAAGAAGAAUGGAAAUUUAAGAGUGCCAGUGGUUCACCCUUAGUUUUCUUUCUUUUUCUUUCUGGCUUUGCAUCAGAGUCUGUUCUCUGUUGGCUCGCCAAGAGUGAGCGGCGUCAAUCCGAGGAAGGGAAAAAUUUGAAUCAUGCACUAAUUUGAUGAUGGUAGAACUACCGAGUUUGUGUCUCCCCAAACCUUUUUGUAUGUGAAAAGGGAAAAAGAAGAAAAAUACAUGUAACUUGUUGAUAGUUGACUGUUUAUUGCCCAAUAUUGAAGUGUACAUUCAGAUUAUUAUUAUUGUGUCAUGUCCUGUUCAAUAUCUGUACAAUACCAUUAAGCUUUUUUAAGUAAACGACAAAAAAGGAAAAAAUGCAAUGUGAUUGUUGAAUUUUACUGUAUUUUUACAGUUGUAUGCAAAUCUGAGUAAAAGAUCCUUCAUGAUAAACAGUUCAGAAUAAUAAAUAGUACACCAUGAUUUCUCAGGCAAAGUCCUACUGCAUAGUGCAUCCAAAUUUUUAUUUCCUUCGUAGUGUGUGUAGAAAAUGUACAAAUGUGUACAGACAAUUCCUGCACUGUAUUUUUUUUUUUUUUCAAAAUGCAUACAAUUAUCAGAUGAAACACCUAAUCACAGCGUCAUAGCAGCUUCACGGCAUAUUCACACUAGGCA